ACGAGAAGUACGCUCCUGCUUUACUGCCGUCUUCGUCCUACCACCGACGCCAGAAAAAUGUCUCAGGUUGGUAACAGAAACUCUUCAGCUGUCAAACGAGCCAGAACCAAUGGUGGCCAAGGGAAAGAUGAUUGGACUUGCCCCAGCUGUGGCAAUGUCAAUUUCCCAUACAGAAAAACCUGUAACAGGCGAAAUUGCACAAAAUCGAGGCCAGCUGACCGUAGUCGGUCCGGCACAAACUGGGCAAGGCCGCAUGCAGCGAUCCACAGGGAAAUGCUGGGGAUGGCCUCCAAGAGGGCAAUGCCGCGGGUGGCGAUCGACGCAGAGAUGCAGGGGAUGGCCAGGAACCAAGUCGAAAUCGCGAUGAGGCUGUCGUGGGAAGCCUUCUCAGGGACCCGCCAAUCAGCGGUAUUCUCACCUCUCUCGAUUCAGUUGGUUCUUGGAAUGGUGGCAGCAGGGAUGCGGGAAUCCGAAAGGGAAAACCUGCUGCAGUUUCUUGGAGGUAGGUCCACCGAGACACUAAGUAGGUUCGCCUCGGAGGUGGUCGAGCGUGUGUUUGAGGACAGCAGCCCAGUGGGAGGGCCGAAGCUCUCUGUGGCAUACGGGGCUUGGAUAGAGAGGACGAUGACUCUGAAACCUGCAUUCAAGCGCAUGGUGGAAGAAGAAUACAAGGCUGCUGCUAAACUCGUCGAUUUCAAGAAUAAGCCUAGUGAAGUGGUAAAUCAGGUGAACAAAUGGGUAAAGAAGGAGACAAAUGGACUCAUCGAUAGAGUUGUCAGCCCCCGUGACAUCACCACAUUAACCAUGCUCGUGUUAGCGAAUGCCCUGUACUUCAAGGGAGCUUGGGUCGAGAAGUUUGAUUAAUCCAGAACAAGAAACUAUGACUUCUAUCCCCCAGCUGGCCAGGCCCCUGUUUGGGUCCCCUUCAUGACCAGCAACAAAGACCAGUUUAUUGGCAUGUACGAGGGGUUCAAAGUCCUUCAGCUUCGCUACAAGCCAGGUGGUGAUCUAGAUCGCAGCUUCUCCAUGUGCUUCUUCCUUCCAAAUGAGCGGGACGGGCUGCGCGGUCUCAUGGAAAGAGCCUGCUUUGAUGCCGAAUUCUUAAACUGUCACCUUCCUUACAAAAAGGUGCCAGUGGGUCAAUUCCGGAUCCCCAAAUUCAAGAUCUUGUCCAAGUUUAUAGACCUUGCCAAUCGCCUAGAUAAUCUGGGUGUGCCACUGGGAUGCUUGUCAGAGGUGGCAGAGGAUGAAUCCAUCCCUCUUUCAAAAAUAAUCCAGAAGGCCUUUGUCGAGGUUAACGAAGAGGGCACAGAAGCAGCUGCUGUUACUGUUAUGCAUCUCUGUACAUGUAAGAGGCGUUCUUCUCCACCAAAAUAUGUGGACUUUGUCGCCGACCACCCGUUCAUGUUCAUCAUCCGAGAAGAGGUGACCAGAGUUGUUCUCUUUGUAGGUCAGGUUAUCAAUCCCCAGGACAGGUGAUGUCCCAUCAAGUUCAAAUAAGUGUAGAUGGUUUUUGUGUAGUUCUAGUUUUUACAAGCUUAUGCCCUACAGUACCAUCAAGUUCAAAUAAGUCCAGACUCCUGAUAAUUUUCUUUGAAUUGAUCAAUAUUUUUGCGUUGCCUAACGAUGUCUCGGUAGUAUUCUUUUAUCAUUUUUGUUGAUUUAUGUACUUGGAAUUUAUUUUUUGCAACUCGAUAUAGUUCUCCUUUUGAACAGUCAUGUAUGAUCUUGAUUUCUUUCUGGA